AUGGCUUCACUCACGCCAACCCUCCGAACAAGCUUGCGCCUGACAAGACCUGGUCGCUCGACGGUAGCCAGUGCAUCAUCCUGGCACACCACACCGCUCGCGAGCUCGUCCUCCCAGCUUCGCAGCUUGCACGCCCCGGCGCUCGCACCACGCCGCAUCCCAUCCACAAGAAGUGAGUCAUUCUCCGUAUCAGCACGUACGACAUAGCUCCCAACUGCACCACAUCUGACUGGCCGCUUGCAUUUGCCCGCCGGUUGACUCCAGCUCCCUACACCACACCCGCCGCCGUCCUCGAGUCGGCCUCUCGGAAUCUCAAGCAGCACACCGACAAGUUCCCGACGUGGGAAGCCCUGUUCGCUUCGACGUCUCAUUCUCUGUCCGAGCUAGGUCUAGCCGUCAAGGAGCGACGGUAUCUGCUGUGGGUACUCGAGAAGUACCGGUACGUAUCCCCCAAUCCUUCCUUUCCUCUUCGCAUGUCAACGAGGACUGACACCGCGCCCUACGCCUGUCCAUGUGAACCUACAUCUCUUCGAUUAUGUUGUGUGUGCACACAGUGCCGGAUUCGACAUCGCCGAGAUAGCGGUGCCGACAAAACCCAAGCGCAAGAUUCGAGGCUGGGGUCCGAAGGUGCAGAACGGCAAGAGGGUGCGGUAG